AUGUCUCAACAUCAGCCUGAGAUCGUAAAAGCUGUUCUCGACGAUUGUCUACAGGGGCUCGGUCUAGACUAUCUGGACCUCUACCUUAUUCAUUUCCCUGCCUCUUUCGUGGCUAGUUCUCGCAACGUGGGAGAAGACUUGUUCCCUCUCACGGGAAAAAAUGAACCUGAGGGUGAUGUCGCAAUUGACGAUAGCGUGUCAAUUGUUGACACCUGGGAAGCUAUGACGAUGCUCCCCAAGAGCAAGACCCGAUCAAUUGAAGUGUCAAAUUUCACUAUCCAACAUCUUGAGACUAUUAUCAACGCUGCUGGCGUAGCCCCUGCCGCCAACCAGGUCGAGCACCACCCCUUACUGAGACAGGACGACCUCAUUGCCUACUGUAAAAAUAGAAAUAUCCACAUCAUCGCGUACUCGAUUGGUGGACAAAGUGUAAUCCCCAAGUCAGUCAUAUCUGCGUGCAUUCGCGAGAACUUUCAGGAGGUUAUAUUAUCUCCGCAAGAUAUUGCUGAAGUUGAGAGUGUUGGAAAAGUACAGAAACGCUACAAUGCGCCUUUCAUUGCGAACAAGCCCCGCUGGGAUGUCAACAGUUUUGGAGACGAUGCUGAGAAGAACGCAUCACAUCAUGUCAUCUUGUGA